AUUUUAUUGAAUUGGAUCCUGGCAUAUCCUUGGGGAUGUGCUGUUCAUCUUUCCAUUGCUUAGCCUGUAUAAAAUUAUAUAUAAAAGCCGUUUCUUCGGGAGGACUAGUAGUACUGACGGCUUCCUUUCUUUAGUUUUUUGUUUUUUGUUUUUUCUUCUUGUUGUUGGCCUUCUAGUCAUCAUCAUCUUCUUCUUCCUCCCCUCGUCCGUGUUCUUGGUAUCUCUUGGCGGUGAUUGCAAUGGGUGACAUUGAUUCUCUCGCAGAAUUCCUGGCCGUUGCCGUUGACGCCGCCAAGAGCGCAGGAGAAAUUAUUCGCCAAGGGUUCCACCAGAAGAAGAAUGUCGAGCACAAAGGCCAGGUGGACUUGGUGACAGAAACAGACAAGGCAUGUGAACGCCUCAUCUUCGACCACCUUAAGAAACACUACCCUGAGCAUAAGUUCAUUGGUGAAGAAACAUCUGCUGUAUAUGGAACUGAUGAGCUGACUGAUGAUCCCACAUGGAUUGUCGACCCUCUUGAUGGAACCACUAAUUUUGUUCAUGGAUUUCCUUUUGUUUGUGUGUCCAUUGGUCUUACAAUCGGAAAGGUUCCUUCUGUUGGCGUUGUUUACAAUCCAAUAAUUGAUGAGCUCUUCACCGGAGUUCAUGGACAAGGUGCUUACCUCAAUGGAAAUCCCAUAAAAGCAUCUUCUCAAACCGAACUGGUGAAGUCCCUUCUCGCAACAGAGGUGGGGACUAAGCGUGAUGCAUUGACAGUAAAUACUACCACCAACAGAAUUAACAGCCUCCUGUUCAAGGUGAGAUCUCUUAGGAUGAGUGGCUCCUGUGCUUUGAACCUUUGUGGCAUUGCUUGUGGUAGGCUUGAUAUCUGCUAUGAGAUUGGAUUUGGUGGGCCUUGGGAUGUUGCUGCUGGGGCUGUGAUUGUUAGGGAAGCUGGAGGUCUUGUGUUUGACCCGUAUGGAGGUGAUUUUGACAUCAUGUCCCAGAGGGUGGCAGCAUCAAAUGGCCAUUUGAAGGAGAGGUUCUCACUUGCGCUGAGGGAGACUAUGGAAGAGCAUCAAUCCUGAUUCCUGAAAGAAGGGAACAACUUUGUGAAUCUGGGGCUUUGAGUUGAAUAUGGAGUAUUUAAUCAGUUAGCUUGUUAUUAAUUUAUAGGUCAUGUUCUCAUAAUAUUCUGGCAAGAACUACCUGAAAACAUAGUUUUGGGAGAGCCUUGAUAUGGUGGUAUUUAUUUUAUUUUAUUUUUUUGGGGGGGAGAGCCACCAUGGACCAUGGUAUCUAUUUAUUAAGAGAAGAACGCUAUCAGGUUAUGUGGUCAUGUGAUUGGUUUGCCAGAAUGCUAUCUGUUUGUGAGAGAACUCUGUGGGAAAUGGCAGGGCUAUCUUAUUGUC